CGUUGUGUAACUUUGCCAAUGGCGCCAUCUUGCGGAUUACAUCGUGAAUGACGCUUUAUGCGAGCGACUCCCCUACGUCAUAAGUAUGCGCCAGUCUCUCUAAUCUCGACAACGUGAAGAAAACAUGGGAGUCAGUUUUCCUUCUGACAGGUAGUUUCUUCUUUCUGAGGUCCUCGCGUCACUUAAACCGACGUUAGAGAGUCAGAGUGUCAUUUUCAAGCUUACUGGGAGCCGCAGAGCGCGAGGCCGUUCAAAAGUCACGUGAACCGAGCUUUUUUGCGGCUGUUUUGCUAGCAGCAUGGACAACUCCGAGGAAAGUGCCAUUGAGCUCCACGGAGAUGAGGAAAUUAUUGAAGUCAUCGACCUGAACGACACGGAGCCUGGCCCAGAUGAUUUGGCUGAUGACUUGGAGGACGUCGACUUCGAUGACGCUGGAAACGCAGGUGAUGACAAUGACGGCUGGGAGACUGAGGACGAGAUGGAGGCUGAGGCAGAGCAGGACGACAGCGAUCUCACCUUCAACAAACACACCGGCUCGGUGUUCUGUGUGAGGUUGGACCCAGCGACCAACAGCUUGGCUGUGAGCGGAGGGGAGGAUGAUAAGGCCUAUGUUUGGAGGGUGAGCGAUGGGGAAGUUCUGCUGGAGUGCACAGGUCACAAGGACUCAGUGACGUGUGCCAUGUUCAGCCAUGACUCCUCCCUGGUGGCAUCCGGAGACAUGAGCGGCUUGAUUAAAGUCUGGAAAGUAGAAACUAAAGAGGAGAUCUGGUCCUUUGAAGUGGGAGAUCUGGAGCCUCUUUUUGCCAAGAACUUCAUUUUCCAGCACGGCAGUGAUCCAAACAUGGCAGUGCAAACAGAUUGUUUUUACCGGUUUCGUUUUUCUUCUAGCACAAUAUACAGAAGUGAGCGGUGCUUCAAGACGUUUACCGAGAUGCAUGUAGUUUAUGCUGUUUGUCUCCUAACAGGUCAGGAUGGACACCAGGGGGCGCUAACCUGCCUGGCUUGCAAUAAGGACGGCUCUCUGAUGCUGACAGGUUCAGUGGACGGCUGUGCAAAGCUCAUCAACAUCACCACGGGAAAGGUGGUCGGCGCGUUCUCUGUGGAGGGAGGCAAAGGAAAAGGCUCCAAAGAUGAAGAGGAAUCGAACUCUGUGGAAUCUGUGGGAUUCUGCAACAUCCUGCCGCUCAUCGCUGUCGCGUACUUGGACGGGACUCUGGCCAUAUAUGAUCUCUCCACGCAAGCCCUGAGGCACAGAUGCCGUCACGAGGCUGGCAUCGUUCACCUGCGGUGGGAACAGUCUUCUUCUGUGGUGUCCACCUGCAGUUUAGACGGCGCGCUGCGCUUAUGGGACGCUCGUUCAGGCAACUUGGUGGCUGAGUACAAGGGCCACACCGCAGAGAUCCUGGACUUCACCAUGAACAGGGAAGCCACUCUUGCUGUAACCGCUUCAGGAGACAACCAGGUGAAAGUCUUCUGCCUCCAAAGACCCGAUCGGUAAAAGCCGAGACAAAAGACAAAUCAAAGAGAAGAGAGAAUAUUUUAGGAGAUGAGACUUUGUUCCCGUUCACUUUUAUCCUCAGGAUGUUAAAAUGCUCUCGUGUGCUCCUGAACGAUUCUAAUCUGGUUUUUGUUGUAAGACCGUAGCAACCAAAAGAUUAUUGUUACUUUUUUUUGUUCUUUUGUCCUCAUAGCACUUGAUGUUUGCUUCAUGGGCAGAUGUUUAAGCCUCUUCAAGUAACUCUGAGAUUCUUUAAAACACAAUGUUUCUCACUAUUUUUGUCCCAGAACACUUGUCAGUGAUAAGAAAGUCAAAGCGUUGAUGCAUCAUAGUGUCCUGACAUCCGCUGUUAUGUUCUGUCCUCCAAAUGAAUUUAGGGAUCAAACGAUACAGAAAAGAGGAUGAUGUGUGUGUGUGUGGUCUCAGCUCUCAAACACAGAUUUUUUUUUUCU